AUGCCAUCAUCCGACACGAAGAUAGAACCUGACGUUGAAAAGCAGAUGUUCGACUCGCCAGCCAUGGUUGGCUAUCGAUACGAUAGGACUUUGACGAUGCAAGACAGUCCAGAACACCGCGGAAGAGAAAGACAACCCAGAACGACGCGACUCAAGCGACACAACUCCAUCUCCAUGACUCGUCAACCUCAAGCUGAUGCCCCUAGUCGCGUCAUUGGAGAGUUCAGGACGCUUUCGAUGCACGUUGACGAUGCGAAGCCUGAGACCCGGGCGAGACCAGAUGCGGCGAGGGAUGUCGCCGAGCUAGAUUGGCAUACCAAGACGACCGACGAAGUGCUCAACGCUCUCAACGCUCUUGUCAUACAUCUUCUUCGGCUUUGGCUCUUUGCUCCUCCUCGCAUCCGUAUUGUGCUCCAUCGCUUGCCGAGUGACGGCUUCCAUUGCCGGUCUGUUGCCUUCGGAUGUGGUGGUGCUCGCGCCGAAUUGAACCACGAACUCACUGCCGUCGGCCUCUUGAGCUUGGUCGACCCGCCCCGUGAGGAGAUCCCAGAAGUUGUCAAGACGCUCCGAGGAGCAGGGAUCCGAGUGAUGAUGGUUACCGGAGACUUCGCGCUCACCGCUCUGGCCAUCGCUGAGAAGUGUGGAAUCGUUUCGAAUGCACCAAGUGCUCGACACUUUGCCGACUUGCCAACAUCGGUCGAUGGCGUCAGUGCUUCAGCCGAGGGAUCAGAAAAAGCAAGAGAGGGCGGAGACCACCAUACAGUCGGAUCUCUGGUCCUCAGCGGUUUCGAUCUCAUGCAAAUGAAUGAUUAUCAGUGGGAUCAAGCAUGCCAGUAUGAGGAAGUGGUCUUUGCCAGGACUUCACCGGAGCAAAAAUUGAGAAUCGUCAAAGAGUUCCAAAAACGAGGCAACACAGUCGGAAUGACUGGCGACGGUGUCAACGACGCACCGAGUCUCAAGGCCGCCGAUAUUGGAAUCGCAAUGGACUGCCUGUACCUCUUACCCGCUGGAUCCUUUUCUGAGCUGAUGCCGGUCCUCCUAAAUGUCCUCCUCGGUCUCCCUCAGAUUCUCUCUAACAUCCAAGUGAUCCUGAUUUGUACCGUGACCGACAUUGCACCAGCUAUCGCCUUGUGCUUCGAGAAACCCGAAUCAGGCGUGAUGACUCGUCAACCGAGGGAUAGAAAGAAGGAUCGCCUCAUCGAUUGGAAGCUGUUGCUUCAAGCAUACUUCUUCAUGGGAGUUCUGGAAAGUCUCUGUGCAUCGGGAAUGGCGUUCUGGUACCUGGAAAAGAAGGGCUACAAGUUUUCUGAAAUCGUACUGGCGUAUGGAGGCCUGCCAGCGAGCUACAACGUUGACGAUUUCAACGAGGCUGUGAAUCAAGCACAAUCCGUUCAGAACUGGUGGAUCACUCCGGCGAUGCUCGUUUCUAUCGUGUCUCUAUUCUUUUUCAGUUACGUGCCUUUCUUCCAGAACACUUUUCUGACCAGAGGUGUCCCUGUGGAGCACGUAUUCAUUCCUUUGACAUUCGCUAUUGGACUGUUGUUUCUGGACGAGACGAGAAAGUAUUUUGUACGAAAGCAUCCCAAGGGAAUGCUGGCUAGGAUGGCUUGGUAG